AUGCCUGUAACAUAUGAGAAAAUUGAAUCUAUGCUCGAAGAAAAGCUCGAGAAAAGUUUGCAGCCUUUUAUAAAACAACUGGAAGAAGCAACGAAAGCUAUUCAGUUUACCAGUGUUAAAUACGAUGAAAUCAUCAAGUUAUUGAAAAUUAACGAGGAAGAAAAGAAACAGCUGCUUGCUGAGAAUAAAGGUCUUAGAGGUGAACUUUUAGAAUCAAAGAAUGAACUCAAAUGGACCAAUACCUUCGCAGAGAUUGCGUGGAAAUCU